CCGGGAUUCAUAAAGAUUCUAAGAUUUUUCUUAAAAAAUGCACUUAAGUGUUAAAUAAAUUCUUAGUUAAGAAAAAAACUUAAGAACAAAUUCAUAAAAAUACUAAACAUAAUUCUUAACUGAGUAUAAACUUAAGAAAUUCAUGUACUUAAGUCAAAGCUCCAUGACAACACUUACAAAUUCCCGGAAUUUUCCUUGCCUACAAACGCGCUCUUUUGUGAAAGAGGUAAAAAAGUUAAGACUGUGACGUGAAUUAGCAGACGGGGAAAAGUCAAAACAAUGGAUUCGCAGACGAAAAGAAAACCCAAUUGGAAUGCCGAUGAAACGCUAGCACUAACAAACCUAGUCGAUGAAAAUAAGCAGAUAUUGAGGGGGAAAUUAGGACCAUCGCUGACUUCAGAAAUGAAAAGCCGGAUGUGGCGAAACAUUGCAGUUUCAUUGACUGCCAUGGGUGUUGGGCCCGGUAGAACCGCUGCAGAGGUUGAGAAGAAAUGGCACAACAUUUUCUCUAAAUCUAAAUCAGAGAUAUCUGAUCACAGAAGAGCUACGACUGGAACAGGUGGUGGUCCUCCCCAAAAGACACUCAGCACAAUCGCCAUGGCUGUUUCAAAUGUGGUGGGGGAAAACAACACUUGCCUGUCUGGUAUUCCCGGAGGUUUGGACACCUCUAUCAUUCAGUUGGGCGGACUUAUUGGAGAAGAGCCAGUUGGGAUCAAUAUUAUUGAGGGACCACCAGAUACAGUUCCCCACAUUCUGGACCCAGAAUCACCUCCGCCGCCAUCUCCAUCUUCAUGGAUGCUGCCAUUAAGCAGAGGUCGCACCAACUGCUCUUACCUAAAAGGAAAAUUGAGGAACUGACUUUGAAGAAGCUAGAAUUAGAAGUUCAGUAUCUAGAGUUGAAAAUCAAAAAGCUGAAGAAAGAGGAAUGAAAAAAAACUAUGUCCAUUCAAUCCAUUAGUAAAACAGAAAUUAAUUUAUAUAAAUAAUGAAGUAAAAUGUCAAUAGAAAUGUAAAGUUAAACUUAAAAGAAAUAGUAUUUAUGACAAAUUUUAGAGAUUCAGUAGUUAAAUCAAUGAAUUUAGUAAGAAAGACUUGAAAUAUGUGCACCUAUGAUGAUCAUCUACAUGUACAACUAGUGAUUUUUAUGUGAUAUUUUAUGAAAUUUAUUUUAAUACAAAUGUUGUUGUUGUUGUUGCUGUUAAUGUUAUUUAAAAAAAAACCUGAAUAUUUUAAAACAUGUAUGUUUGUUUUCACUCAAAUGCCUACCAGUCAAAAGUGAGUUUCAGCGAACAGCUGUCUGUAACGAAUUCCAUCAUUCUGUUGACCAUUCUGUACAUUCAGCCCAUCAUUCUGCUGAUUGUCAUCCAGGUCACCAUCCAGGGGGCAUGGUAUCUGUCUGUCUUUGCAGAUAUUGUGUAAGAUGCAACAAGCAACAAUUACUUGGCAAGUCUUGUCUGGGGAUAAUCUAACCUCUCCAUGCAGAACGUGGAAUCUUCUCUUAAGCUGUCCUAUGCCUCUCUCCACAAUACUUCUUGUCUUUUUAUGAGCCCUA